UAAAAAGUUUUUUAAUUACAAAACUGAAUAGUCUGGUAAAUCUGUAGUAGGUGCUUUAUUCGCUGUACACUGAAGGGCUGGUAUACGAAUUGUUCAAUGUUCAGUGAUUGUGCAGGCCGGCUUCGACGCGGUCGUUACGCGUUUCCAAGUCUGCCGGCUUUUCAUCUUGCGAAUUUUCCGACAUCGAAACAUUUCCGAACAAGUGGAAAAAGUUCUUUAGAAGUGAUAGUGAUCAUUAAUCCAAGAAUCAAUAUUUUUAAGUUUUAUUUACGUUGCUGUUUUCGAAGUUCAUUUAUUAAGAUGGACGAGCCAAAAUUAAGUAAGCAGUUGCAGAGAUAAAUCAGAAAUCCGAAAUUAUGUACCAUAUGAAACUAUUCAUCGAAUCCAAUUUCGUUAACCACAAUGCUUUGGUGGCUGCCAACAAGACGGAUGUCAAGGUUAUUGAUAACACGAGUUACACAUCGAAAAGAAAUGAAAGCCCAUAUUCUAUGGAGGACGAUGAGUUUAUAUUCGACAGAACAGAUGUUAGGGCUAUAUUUAUAACGCUCUACACAAUUGUGUUCUGUUGUUGCUUCUUUGGAAAUCUUCUCGUAAUCCUCGUGGUGACUCUGUCGCGGCGGCUGCGCUCUAUCACCAACUUUUUUCUGGCGAACUUAGCGGUGGCAGAUUUAUGCGUUGGAGUGUUUUGCGUUUUUCAAAAUUUAACCAUAUAUCUUAUUCCAAGCUGGGUGUUUGGAGACUUUCUCUGCAAGAUGUAUCAAUUUGUGCAUUCGUUGAGUUACACAGCAUCGAUUUUUAUAUUGGUGGUGAUAUGCACUGAGAGAUACUUCGCCAUCAUACAUCCUAUUACCUGCAAGCAAAUUCUAACUUCAACGAGAUUGAGGUUGGUGAUACUGGGGGUAUGGAUAACAAGCGCGGCUUACAGCGCUCCGAAAUUCAUAUGGGUGGAGACUAUUACAAACGAAUUUGGUGAUGGUCACGUGGAGACAAUAUGCAUCCAACAUCGAAUGAAGUACAACUCCGAAAUAUUUGACAUGGUUAACUUCGGUCUGCUUUACGUGACUCCCCUCUUUGUAAUGACGGUGUUAUACACAAGGAUCGCUGUGGGGCUGUGGCAGAGCUCCCACGGACUGAGGCAGCUCGGGCCGGGCCGAUGCUGUGGCACACAAUGCUCCCGUGCUGACAAACCUUCUCCCGCGAACUGCGAUUCCCAAAAGCCCCUUGCCGGCACUUCGGAAACCAAGGGGAAAGUUUCGACACCCUCAAGAACAAAGUCCUGUCACAGUAACGAGACCAGAAGUUGUCAUCAUUUAAGCCAUCUCUCAAGAAAUGUUCUGCGUGCGCGACGCGGGGUAGUACGUAUGCUUAUUGUUGUCGUGCUGACUUUCGCGAUAUGUAAUCUACCAUUUCACGCUCGAAAAAUGUGGCAGUAUUGGUCCAGUGGCUACGAAGGCAACAGCGACUUCAGCGCUCUACUCACGCCGCUCACAUUUCUGAUAACAUAUUUCAACUCCGGCAUAAAUCCUCUGUUGUACGCGUUCCUAUCGAAAAACUUCAGAAAAGGUAUGCGAGAAUUGUUGUUCUGUAAUUUUUCCGGAAAAAGGAAAAGCGAUAAUUUGAUACUAUUGAACCGAGUUGGCGGAGGGGGUCUUCGGCGAAGCUCGACCCGCUCCACGCGAGCUAACUGCAGCACUGUGACCACUGCCCCCAACGGGGAAUCAUGAGGGUUGCAACGACGCAGGUUUCUCUACAAAAUCGAAAACACGGACAUUUCCUGAUUAACAGACAGCACUGACGAGGUAACCGAUAGCAGUGGCUUUUACACUGUUUCCACAGUAUCGAGGAGAGAUUUGUACGAUUAAAACUUUGUAAAGAAUAAGCCGUCGGUCCUAUGUUGUCAGACUCGGGAAUGGUGUGGACUUUGAAUAUUGAUAAAAUUACAGUGAUCUCAUGAGCUUAACUUAGUGCGUAAAAUACACGUUUACGUGCUGAAAAUAAGAUAAAUGAACAUAAAUCUUCUAAAAGUAAAGUUUGAAAUAUAUCUAUUAUCUACCUAAUAAGUAAUAGUUAUUUAAUAUUAAAAUGUAAAUAUACUUUUGUAAUAACUUAUGUAAGUAGGUACAAUAUUUAAUUAUUAUUUAUUUUCCAAAUAUUUUGUACUGUAUUGUGUAAAAGAUAUUCAUACCUAUUUCACUAAAAACGUUAAGCUGAUACCUACGUAUUGACGUAUUGAGAAACCUCGAAUUACGAUCGAUCGAAUUGUGAAUUGUGAUCGAAUCUAACCCAUAUUUGACAGAUUUCAUAGAAAAAAACUAUCAAAAUGUCGAAUUAUUGCCUACUUUGUAACU